UCGGCCGCCAGCACUAAAGAUGGAGAGGCGCCGGGGCCUCGCAGGGGAGGGGGCUCGGCGUUGACGUGGGACGCGGCGGAGGCGCCGCAGCCGGUGGUGAUUUGCUAACCUCGCAGCAGAGAGGAGUUAAGGGCGAUGAGAGCGGGUACUGCGAACUGCCGGGCUAUGCCGCCGCCGCCGCCGUAAUACCGAGAGCAACAGUUCCACCACAACACCCCUCCCAGACACAGACACACACACACCCCCACAGGCACGCACACCCACCCCAGAGCGCACGGCUCGGCAGCGGCCUUUUUAUCCAGCUGAUCCUGCAAGGCCACCCUGCCCUACCAGACAGAGACCAGAAGGAAAGACAGCCUCAUGCCUGAGCCCCGGACAGUGCCAUGGAUCUGACAAAGAUGGGCAUGAUCCAGUUGCAGAACCCCAGCCACCCCACAGGGCUGCUGUGCAAAGCCAACCAGAUGCGGUUGGCAGGGACCCUGUGCGAUGUGGUCAUCAUGGUGGACAGUCAAGAGUUCCACGCUCACCGGACAGUCCUGGCCUGUACCAGCAAGAUGUUUGAGAUCCUUUUUCACCGAAACAGCCAGCACUAUACCUUGGACUUUCUGUCGCCAAAGACCUUCCAGCAGAUCCUGGAGUAUGCUUACACAGCUACCCUCCAAGCCAAGGCUGAGGACCUGGAUGACCUGCUCUAUGCAGCAGAGAUCCUGGAGAUUGAGUACCUGGAAGAACAGUGUCUGAAGAUCCUGGAGACCAUCCAGGCCUCUGAUGACAAUGACACAGAGACCACCAUGGCAGAUGGUGGCGCCGAGGAGGAAGAGGACCGAAAGUCGAGGUACCUCAAGAAUAUCUUUAUCGCGAAGCAUUCCAUCGAGGACAGUGGGUACGCUGGCGUGGCCGGGCAGCACCUCCCAGGAGCUGUGGCAGAGCAGAACCCUUCCGUGUCCACUUCUUUUGGCCUUGCAGCCAUGAGUCCCACCAAGGCUGCUGUGGAUAGCUUGAUGAGCAUCGGGCAGUCUCUUCUCCAGGGAGCCCUGCAGCCACCUGGGGUGCCUGAUGAGUCCAGCCUAGCCAGUGUUGGGCGGCACCCUGGGGUGGCAGAGGUAAAGACCGAGAUGAUGCAGGUGGAUGAAGUGCCCGGUCAGGAAAGCCCAGGAACGGCUGAGUCCAGCACCUCAGGUGGCGGUGGGGACAAGGCUGAGGAGAGGAGCAAGGAUGGGCCUGGGACACCCACCAGGAGCAGUGUUAUCACCAGCGCUCGGGAGCUGCACUAUGGACGGGAGGAGAGCACAGAGCAGCCGGUGGUCCCUGCUGAAGCCAGCCAGGGUCCCCCUGGGCGGCCGGAGCACUCUGUUGCCUCCGCUGAGAAGCACCUGGGCCUCUAUUCGGUUCUUCCCAAUCACAAGACGGACUCAGUGCUGAGCAUGCCAUCUUCCAUGACCUCGACCCUGCACAUGCAGCCAGCAGCUCUGGCUGUCUCCAUGGACUUUAGCAGCUACGGCGGGCUGUUGCCACAGGGCUUCAUCCAGAGGGAGCUCUUUAGCAAACUGGGUGAGCUGGCCGUGGGCAUGAAGACUGAGAACCGGGCCACGGGGGAGCAGUGCAGCGUCUGUGGGGCUGACCUUCCUGACAAUGAUGCUGUGGAACAGCACAGGAAGCUACACAGCGGGAUGAAGACAUACGGGUGUGAGCUGUGUGGGAAGCGGUUCCUAGAUAGUUUACGACUGAGAAUGCACUUACUGGCUCAUUCAGCUGGUGCCAAAGCCUUCGUCUGUGAUCAGUGUGGUGCCCAGUUCUCCAAGGAGGAUGCGCUGGAGACACACAGACAAACACACACAGGCACUGACAUGGCUGUCUUCUGUCUAUUGUGUGGGAAGCGCUUCCAGACUCAGAGUGCCCUCCAGCAGCACAUGGAGGUCCACGCAGGUGUACGCAGCUACAUCUGCAGUGAGUGCAACCGCACUUUCCCCAGCCACACGGCUCUCAAGCGCCACCUUCGCUCACAUACAGGUGACCACCCAUAUGAAUGCGAAUUCUGUGGCAGCUGUUUCCGGGACGAGAGCACGCUCAAGAGCCAUAAGCGUAUCCACACAGGGGAAAAGCCCUAUGAGUGCAACGGCUGCGGAAAGAAGUUUAGCCUCAAGCACCAGCUGGAGACCCACUACAGGGUCCAUACAGGUGAGAAGCCCUUUGAGUGUAAGCUCUGUCACCAGCGUUCACGGGACUACUCUGCCAUGAUCAAACACCUGAGAACACACAACGGCGCCUCCCCCUACCAGUGUACCAUCUGCACCGAGUACUGCCCCAGCCUCUCGUCCAUGCAGAAGCACAUGAAGGGCCACAAGCCUGAGGAGAUCCCACCUGACUGGAGGAUCGAGAAGACUUACCUCUAUCUGUGUUACGUGUGAAAAGGGCUCCAAGGUGGGGGGAGGGGGGGGGGGCAAGAGGACGAAGUGGAAGAAGAAAGUUUUAAGAGAGAGAUGAAAUCAUUGAAGGACUGCAUACAUACACACACGCGCGCGCACACACACACACACACACACACGAAAAGAAGAAAAAGGACUGGAUUGAUAACUUUGUUUGACCCUGGUAUCUAUACAAGAUUCUCUCUCCAGGCUUGUGCCAUGGGGCUGGGUGCCCCAGGGCACAGGUGUAGCCCUCUCUGGGACAGUCUAAGUGAUUUUCAUUUGGGGGGAGGGGGGGAGUGUUGUUUUAUUCUGCAUUGAUGGUGUUCUUGUGUUCUCUAUCAUCCUUGCCUUGAUUCCUUCUUCCUCUGACCAGGAGCCAAGUUUAGGGAAGUGGGGUUAGGGGUCUGUCUGGCCAGAGCUGAGCACUGCCUGACUCUCCUCAGACAGAGGUCAAGGGGUUGGGGGGAGGUAGGGUAGAUGAAGUUUGUAAUCUUCUAUAGAAUAAACAGUGCUGGCUGGCUAUGUCCUGCCCCCUUCCCCCACCCCCAACACACACACACACACACACACACACACACACACACAAAAUAUCUUGGCUACUUUCUUCUCUCUCUCUCCCUGUUUUCGUGGCCCUCUGUUUUUGAUAUGAGCUUGUCUCCUACUUUCCGAGCCACACUGCCUUCCCUAGGUCCCAGUACCCAAAGUCUCAAGAAGCUCCCGUAUAUACCAGGCCUUCCAGUGGUGAAGGGUCACCCUCUCUACCCAACUCUCCUCUCUGACGUGUGACUCAGGCCCAUCCCCACCCACUUUGCCAUAGUUUUCUAAGAGCAACGGCAAAACAGAACAGCAGCUCUCUCUAGGGGCAGGACUGCCCCUAGAAAUGGAAAAAGAGGAGAUGCGAAAACACAUACACACAACCCCCACAGUCAAUUUUUAUUGGGGAAGGUACACACAGCUCAGUUCAAGAACAAAUAUUUAUUAAGCACCUAUGUGCAUCACAGUACUAGGGGCUAAGUAUAACAAAGAUAAAACAACAAUCCCUGUCUUCAAGGAGCUUACAAUCUAUACAGAAAGGGGCUGAUUUCUUAAGGGAAAUAUUUAGAGGACAUCCCCCUUCCAACCCCAAGCCUAGUGUGCCUCCACACCUGGAGGAGGAAGAUAGAGGGUGGGCCUGUCUUGUGGUUUCUCAGAGUCUGCCCGAAGGCAAAGGAACAGCCCCUCAGUCAGCUGUGGGAUCAGUUCCCAAGAUCCUCCAGGAAGGACAAUACUGGGGUACAAAGCGCUGGGACUCAUCUUUAUAUAACCCAGGCCUGCUUCCCCCACUUGCUGCACCCCCUGAAUCUGCCAAGGAAUGGAAGAGGAGGAAGCUUUUUAUUCUCGUUGCAUUUUGCUUCUUUUCAUGACCCCCCCCCCCAUUCUCUUUCUCUCUGCGUUUAGCACAUUGUACUUGAAUUACCUCAGUUUUUUGUGACCUCAUGAGCUUUUCCCCCAUGUAUGUGUGGAUUUGUUUUUAUUGUUAUUGUUUUAUGUGUGCUUGUGUGUUGUUUUUUUUUUUAGGGGAGGGGGUGGUCUUUUUCUUGUGUAAAGUUGUAAAUGUUUGUUUUUUUACAAACUUUGGUUUGUGAUCUUCCAUCCCAAUGGCACCCACUAGUUAUCCCCUACCCACUUCCCCUCACCCCUCACCCCUGGAGGGGUCAAGGGAUGAUGCAGUGCUCAGGAUGGGAGAGUAAAGUCCUAUUAGUGCUGGGGAAAGUGGGAGGACUCAGAUAGGAGUUCCCAGAGGCUUAAAGUAGUUGCCUACCAGCUUGGCUUUUGUGAAUGUGGCAGAGCUGCCCAAUAGUGAAACCGGGUCAUUUGUAAGGUCCGUCCAGUUAAAUCAGAUCCCAGACUCCUCUAUAAAAAGCCCACCUUUCCCACACUUCAAGUCUUUCAGGCUUCCAGGUUUGGAUUAUUUGGAUUCUUGUAGCUCUAUGGCCCUAGCCCCUGGUGUGCAUUGUCAUUACCAAAAUUGGCAUUUUUUUCCCUAGGCCAGUCUGGUGGGAGACUUAAGAUUUUGUUGUUGGGGGUUUUAUUUUGUUCUGUUUUUGGUUGGGGGAGGGAUUUUUUUUUUUUCCUGAAAGCUACCUCUUAUGUUCGUCUGUCCAGUUCUUUCUGUUCCUUUGCCCGUCUCCCCCAUCCCAUCGUUCUGAUCCCCUCCCCCAAUUUUGAAAGCACAUUGGCAAUAUUUGUGUUUGCUUUGGGAUGGGCUGCUGCUUCAUCUCAGGCUUUAUUUGCAAUGAUCGUGUGUGUUUGUGUGUACCUGUAUUUGUCUUUCUCUCUCUGGGAAAGUUGUGGCUGCAUUUUAUCUAUGUUAUAAAAAGUGAUCUUUUAGGAAGCUGUAUGUGACGGGGAGGAUCAUGAAGAAUAAAGGGAAGUUGGAGGGAUGGGGUGCUGCUGUGACCCCCCCCCCCAUCCCCCUGCCUUUAUGCCUCCUACCACCCAAUUCAACCUCGUCCACCAAAUCUGAAGGCCUUAAAUCUAGGGGGACAGGAUUUGGAGGGUGGGGAGGAGUAAUCACAUGAUAAGACCAGUGGGCAGGGGCAGGGGGUGGGGGUCAAGGGAGGGUACUGUUUUGCAGUUAUCUUAAAGACUUAGUGCUUUGGAAAGGAAAAAAAAAGUUAAACUUGAAAUAUGUGACUAGGACAGUUGUUUUGUUUAUAAUGUGAAAAGAUAGUGGUAUCAUUUUGGGGAGGGGCUGAUAGUAGAAAAUUCAUUAUGCACUAAAGGUUCCUCACCUUGGGCCCCUCCCCUCUCCCUGGGAAGGAGGAAGCAGUAACUGGUCACCUGGUCCUACAAAUCCCAGAAAUAAGGAUUUUAAAGAAAGAUACCACACAGUUUUGUGGGGAAAUAAUGAAACUAUUCCAUAGGAUUAGCCAACUUUCCUCCUCUUCCCCCAACCCUAAUAGCUCUAGACCCUCCCCAUCUAACCUGGGUCCCCCCCCCCCUUCCCACUUCAUAAAAGCUGAGAGGGUUGAGCUGAUAUUUACAAAGUGUAAUAUUUUUGUAAUAUUUGUUAAUUCCUUUGUCAGUUCUCACAGAACCCUGCCCUUUCCUUUUGCAAUGUGAAUGGGGAAAAAGAAAAAAAAAAAGAAUGUGUGUGCGUGCGCGUGCUGCUGAAUGUGGGUGCUUUUUGUGUAUGCAGUUGUCUUGAAAUCAUGCAGUAUUGUAGUAAUCUGGUGUUACAGAAUUGGAUGGUACUAAAUCAGAGCCAGCUGUCUCCCUUGAUGCCCCCAGGGCUCUGUAAAUUCAGGGGGUUAGCCAGAAAGGGGUCAGGGUGAGCUGUGGGGUUUCACAAACAUGAUUGCAUAGGACUGGCAACUAUACUAGCCACCCCGUAGAGGCCCAGUCACUCACAACUGGAGUUUGGAGGAUAGUGGAACCUACUUUUUCCUCCCCCCCUCAUAUUCUCUCCCAUUACCCCACAACCUAAAAAGAGAGAAAAUGUGGCUUUUCCACAGCCCUGAUUAGCUGUGGGGAUGGAAUGUAGAAUUAGUAGUGAGAAAACAUUCUGAACUUUCCACCUGUUUGUAGAACUAGAAGAACACACAAGCCCGGGCCUUUGAAUUUCCUAAGUGUGGAAGAGGACUUGGGACUGGAAAGGUGAAGAGAGAGAGAGAGGAGAGAGGCACUGUCUCUCUUUCCCGUCGGGUCCCAGAGUUUUGUUUCCCUCUUUUCCCAACUAGCAUUCUCUCUCUCUCCUCUCCCAGGCUCCUCUUCUCCUCUCCCUCUUCCCCCCCACCCCCUCCUUCCUUUCAAUCUUCCAUCGAUGUCUCUCCCCCUACUCCCCUCAUCUUUGCUACUGCUGACAGCUAGCUCCUGCUGGCUACUGCCUUACACCUUUGUAGUGGAAUGUUUCCAGAUGGAAAGCCAGAAAAGUUGUGAAAGAGUUCCCUCUAGCCUCAAAGAUUGUGAUUCUCUUGGACCUCCUUGGUUACUUGUGGCAUUCCCCUCACAUUCAUGUGCUGCCUUUCCUGUUUGCUCCCUCAAUCACUUGAAGCAUUGAUAUCCUAUGUAUGUGUAGGAUAGACAUAUAUAAAAUAUAUCUAUCUAUAUGUAUAUAUAGAUCUAUAUAUAUGGAGAGAGAUAUAAACAAGUCAAACCCCUGCUGCUUUGUGUUGCCAAGGAUGUGGUGGUGAAGAAAAAAAAAGGUGGGAAAAUAGUUGUUGGGUAACCAGGGGGCACUAUGGACUCGUAGAUUCAGUACAAUCCAAGGAUGUAACAUAGGCUUGUUUAAUCUUUGUGCCUGAACAGUUUUUUUUUUUCAAUAUUUAGAAGAAAAGAAAAAAAAACUGCUGCAAUUCCUCACAAGUGUAUGGUACCUUUCUAGAAUCCAUUGAUUGGUACAACCAGCUGCAGGGAUGUCCCAGGAGAGGGGAGGAGGACCAUGGGCUUGCUCCCAGUUUGGGGGUGGUGGUGAGAGGUGGCCUUUGUUGAACUCCAUCCUUGGGAAGAUUGGAACCAUGUUCUGAAGCCCCAGUUGUAGGAGGAUCCAAAGGAACCAGGAUGUGAGCAAUCUGGGACAAAAAAAAAAAAUAAUGAUGAAUAAUGAAAAAUAAUAAUAAAGACCAAACUGUGCCCCAGAGGGAAAAGGUGUCGGAUCAGUUGGGAAUGUUGGGGUCUGUUGUCCCUGAUCCAUUUUUAUCUCCCCACUUUCCUAGUUCUUCCUCCUUUCCUUCCUCCCUCCUGGACCUUCUACUACCCUGAAGCUUCCAGGCCACAGGGUGCCCAGUGGUAGAGUAGAGGCACUGAUCUGGGUAUUUCAGGAAAAACCAACAGCAACACAUGGACAAACUCUGCUUUGGUGUGAAUCGUGGUGGUGAAGAAAUCUUGAGCGAGCCAGAAGAGGGGGAUAGAAGGAGAAACUGGAAGGUGGGAUGAUGGGGAAGGGGGCUGGAAGAGAAUGGCUAAUAGGCCAGCUAGCAUGACACUGCCUCCCUCCCAGGCCACCCUGGGCCAUCCCACUGUGCAGACAGGGUACCAACCUCUUGGUGUCUAUCAUAGUGUUUGUUCACAUAGUGUUAUGCAUGAUCUUUUUAAGGUUAAGAAUCCAUGGUAAAACACUGUGGAGUCCUAUCCAUAUAUAUAUAUAUAUAUAUAAAUAAAUAUAAAUAUAUAUGUAAAUUAUAGCACUGAGGGCCGCCGCCCUGCUGGACCAAGCAAAACUAAGCCUUUUGGUUUGGGUGUUUUUGUUUUGUUUUCAUUUUGUUGUUUUUGUUUUCGUUUUCAUGGCUUGUCUUAUGUCGCGACAGCACAAGUGCCGGUCCGAUCGCUCUGUAUUACAAAAUAGUGUUUUUAAUUAAUUGAUGUUCUAGUUAAUGUCUACCUCAGCACCUCCUCUUAGCCUAAUUUUAGGAGGUUGCCCAAUUUUGUUUCUUCAAUUUUACUGGUUCCUUUUUUUUGUACAAAUCUGUCUUUCUCCCGCCUCCCUCGUUCCCGCUUCUCUUCCCUUUUCUCUUCCUCUCCCUUUCUUCCCCCUCUUCCCCCUUUCUCCUCUCGCCCACGCCGCGCCGCCCCCCCCCCUCCCGUCCCUCUUUCCUCACAGUCCUCUCUGUCCUAGUACAGAAGCAGUUCGCUCGAAGUUGUGCGGUCCGGGUUGCAGCUUUCCGCAUCUGCCUUCGUUCCGUGUAGAUUGACGCGUUUCUUUGUAACUUCAGUGUUUCUGACGAGAAAAAAAAAAAAGAAAAAAGAAAAAAAUGAAUUUACUGCUGCAGGUUUUUUUCUCUCUCCAUGUGUCACUAAGUGAAGUUUGUGCCUUCUAUAGCAAAGAGAAUAUUUUUUACAUCCUACUAACAGUAGAUUUUUUUGUAGUGAACAUUUUUUGUAUUUUUAUUUAUAAGUCUCAUAAGAAAAAUAGCAAUGUUCAGUUGUAUACCUUGAAUCUGCAGUUAGAAAAAAGAAUAAAGUUAAUUCAGUUGUCUCUGGC